AUGCGUCUGGCGCUGAAGUUGGAAGAUGUUGCUUCUGUGGGACCAGAUCACAUUAAAACGUUUACUGUAAGGGCAGUCGUGGAUGGCAAGGCCUAUCCCGAAGGUGUGGGGAAGAACAAGAAAGAAGCCAGACAAAUGGCUGCUAAGUAUGCCCUGGAAGGUGUAUUCAAUGACCUGGCAUCGGAAUCAACAGAGACAGCCUCUCUCAAACCACCGCCUUCACCAAUGCAAUCAACAGGUAUCCCCCAGGCUAAUUACAUGUGCUGGUUGAAUCAAUAUGGACAGAGAAACAAUGUCUUCAUCAAAGCAGUGGAGUCCACUAAACUAGAACCAUCUAAUUCACCUCAAUGCUGUAAAUUUGUGGUAGGAGAUAAGGAGUACCCAGAAGCUUACGGAACAACAAAAAAACAAGCCAGAGAAGAGGCAGCUAAGCUUGUUCACAGUGAAAUAGUUGGCAGCGAAUCUUCUCAAGCUGAUGAUAGCGCUCUCAAUCAGGCGAACAAUCAAAGCAAAAUCAAUAUCUACCACGAUUAUAAGUUGGAGAAUCGAUGUGGUCCUGCCCAUAACCCUCGAUUUUUUUACAGGGUCAUCAUUGAUGGAAAGGAGUAUCCUGUGGCUGAAGGAAAGAGCAGUAAAGAAGCAAAGCAGAAAGCAGCUCAAUUGGCCUGGUCCAGUCUGCAGGAGCAGUCAGACUGGGACAGCAAGGUCUCUGUUCGAUCCUCUGAAGUCUUGACUCCUCAUGUUGUUGUGAGUCCUGAUGUGAAGCCCAAAAUAAAGCUAGCAGCAAGUUUUCACAAUCCUCGUAGAAAUCAAAGUCUAGAGGGAACACCACAACAACCAGGAAACUCAAGAUUUUCGUCAGAUUAUGACUGCAUUGAGACUAUUGGCAGUGGAGCCUUUGGACUGGUUUUCAAAGCAAGACAAAAACUGCUUGAGAAAUAUUUUGCCGUAAAGAUCAUUCGCUGCAAAGUGAAAGCUCUGAGAGAAGUCAAGGCUUUGUCGGAUCUGAACCACGUGAAUAUCGUGAGGUACUACACUUGUUGGAUGGAGGACACAACGUACCAGGACUUCUCCACUGACAGCGGCAGCUCCACUCAAUCCACCGGAGACCCUCCUGAAAAGUUCCUUUACAUUGAGAUGGAAUUAUGUGACACUAAAACCCUUCGAGUCUGGAUCGAUGAGAAAAACACUCAAAAUGUGAAGAAAUCCCGUCGUGACAUACGGAGACGAGAGGAGAGCCUGAAGAUCGUUCAGCAGCUGAUCUCUGGAGUGGAGUACAUUCACUCUCAGACGCUGAUCCACAGAGACCUGAAGCCGGCGAACAUCUUGUUUGGCCGCGAUGAAAAGGUGAAGAUUGGAGACUUUGGCCUGGUCACUGCGGAGAACGAUGAUGAAGCAAAUGUAAUCGAACGAACAGUUUACAAAGGCACCCCAUCAUAUAUGGCCCCUGAGCAAAGAAACAGGAAAACUGUCUAUGAUCGCAAAGUGGAUAUUUUUGCUUUGGGACUGAUUUAUUUCGAACUCCUUUGGAAAAUAGAAACAGGACACGAACGAGCACAAGGACAGAUAGUAAAGUCCAUGCUGUCGGAGCAGCCGCAGGAUCGACCUGAAGCUGCAGGAGUGAAGGCUGAGCUGGAGGAAUGUGCCCUGUCACUUAUUCAGAUAAAAGACAUGCGAACAGUUUGA